UCUCGAUCUUCCGAUGCAUUGUAACAUUGUUGGAGAACAUAAACUCUCGAGCACAAUGCUUCGACAUCCAUAAUGCCGUGUUGACUUUCCGAUGUGACUUCGGUGGGUAUCAACUAUUGCGGGGAUCCCGAAAACAGAGAUGUAGUCUGUACUCUGGUCUGUGGGCAGACUCUGAGGUCUCACUAUGCUGCUCUAUCUGCUGUUGGUCUUUCAAACGAAGGUCAAUGCCCAGAUAGACCCAGCUCAGUGUCGUUAUCCUCUUGGUAUGGAGGACGGGAGGAUCAAAAACGAUGACAUCACUGCCUCCAGCCAAUGGUAUGAAACCACUGGCCCUCAGUAUGCAAGGUUGAAUAGAGAGGAGGGUGAUGGUGCCUGGUGUCCUGCUGGUCAACUGCAACCCUCUGAUGUUCAGUAUCUUCAGCUGGACCUUCAUCAGCUCAUUUUCCUCACCAUUGUUGGUACACAGGGUCGAUACGCACGCAACUCUGGUAACGAGUAUGCACGCAAGUACCGUAUAGAAUACAGUCGUGAUGGACACCGAUGGAUCUCCUGGAAAAACCGCUUUGGCUAUGAGAUUAUAAUGGGUAAUGUAAACACAUACGACUCUGUCGUGAGAGACCUCAAUCCUCCCAUCAUCACUCGUUUCCUGAGGCUGAUUCCCGUCACUGAUGCUGUACACACUGUGUGUAUGAGAGUGGAGCUGUUUGGAUGCCCCUGGUUUGAUGGCCUGAUGGCAUACAGCUCUUCUGAGGGUCAGACUAUGAUGGCUCCAGGAUAUCCCAUUACACCACUCAACGACUCCACAUACGAUGGUGCUCUAGAACGCAGGAAGCUGUCUGGGGGGCUGGGCCAGCUGACGGAUGGUGUGAUUGGUCAGGAUGAUUUUGUACAGAGGACGCGGCACAGCUUGUGGCCUGGAUACGACUACGUGGGUUGGAGGAAUGACAGCUUGGGCCCUGGAUAUGUGGAGAUGGAGUUUCAGUUUGACAGACAACGAAACUUCACUUCUAUGAAGGUUCACAGCAAUAACAUGUUCUCUCGGGGUGUGAAGAUCUUCGCAUCCGUGUCAUGUGUGUUUAAAACACACCUCAUCUCAGAGUGGGAACCCAAUCCGGUGGAGUUCCACACCGUCAUAGACGACCGUAAUCCAAGUGCUCGCUAUGUGACCGUUCCAUUGAACCACAGAACAGCUGCUGCUCUGUGCUGCCGCUUUUACUUUGCCGAUACUUGGAUGAUGUUCAGUGAAAUCUCAUUCCAGUCUGCAACUAAUGUACUUCCUACAAAGAGGCCCCCAGUGUUGACUCCUCCUUCAUAUGAGGCAGACAUCAAUCUACAAUAUACUACACAAAAAACAGAGGACAGGACAACACCAUCAAAGACGGGUUCUCCUGAAGAGGGCAGUACAUCAAUUCUGAUUGGCUGUCUGGUGACUAUUAUUCUCCUGCUGGUGGUAAUCAUCUUCCUGAUUCUCUGGUGUCAAUAUGUGUGCAAAGUCCUGGAGAAGGCUCCAAGGCGUAUUUUAGAGGAGGAGGUGAUGGUCCGUCUUUCCUCCUGCAGUGACACUAUAAUCCUGCAGACUCCACCGGUGCCCCCCCGCAUCUCCCUCGACCCCCCGUAUGAGAGGAUCUUCCUGCUGGACCCCCAGUAUCAGGAUCCCGCGGCACUCAGGAACAAACUGCCAGAGCUGUCUCAAAGCGCAGAGGACUCUGCCUGUAGCGGCGGUUAUGCUGAGCCAGAUGUGACUUUAUGCACCCCACACCAGUGUUUUCAAAGCAGUGUGCCUCAUUAUGCUGAGACUGACAUCAUCAGCCUGCAGGGAGUCACUGGCAGCAACAUGUAUGCCGUUCCUGCCCUCACUGUCGAUUCCCUCACGAGGAAGGACAUCUCUGUGGCAGAGUUCCCUCGAAAGAGACUGCUGUUUCGAGAGAAACUGGGAGAAGGCCAGUUUGGGGAGGUACACCUGUGUGAGGCAGAAGGUUUGGCAGAGUUUCUGGGGGAAGGUGCCCCAUUACCUGAGCAAGAUGGUAGGCCGGUGCUGGUAGCGGUUAAACAGCUCAGAGCGGAUGCCACCAGCAAUGCCAGGAACGACUUCCUGAAGGAGAUUAAGAUCAUGUCUCGUCUGAAUAACCCGAAUAUCAUUAAGCUGCUGUGUGUGUGCGUGAGCUCAGACCCUCUCUGCAUGGUGACGGAGUACAUGGAGAACGGAGACCUCAACAUGUUCCUGUCCCAGAGAGAGAUAGAGAGCACACUCACAUAUGCCAACAACAUUCCAUCUGUCAGCAUUGCUGACCUGUUGCACAUGUCGGUGCAGAUUUCUUCUGGGAUGAAGUAUUUGGCCUCUCUGAACUUUGUGCAUCGUGAUCUGGCCACUCGGAAUUGUCUUCUGGACCGACAUCUCACCAUAAAGAUCUCUGAUUUCGGCAUGAGCAGAAACCUGUACAGUAGUGAUUACUAUCGUAUACAAGGCCGCGCUGUACUGCCUAUACGCUGGAUGGCCUGGGAGAGUAUCCUACUGGGGAAGUUCACAACAGCGAGUGAUGUGUGGGCAUUUGGAGUAACUCUCUGGGAGAUCUUCACUUUAUGUAAAGAGCAGCCCUACAGCCUGCUGUCUGAUGAACAGGUCAUUGAGAACACGGGAGAGUUCUUCAGAAACCAGGGAAGACCGAUUUUUCUCUCUGCCCCGCCGCUCUGCCCAUCCUCUCUGUUUGAGCUGAUGAUGCUUUGCUGGAGUCGAGACAUCACCGAUCGGCCCUUUUUUCACAGUUUAUAUCAGGCCCUGCGAACUUUUGCGCCCCAUUCAUGACUGACACCUGCUCUACUUAACCUGGAGGAGAACUGUCUGGAAGUAUUCAGACUGUGUUCAGUCAGUGAAGGUAGACAUGGAAAAUUAUAGCCACAAUGUAGCGUCAUCAGAGCGUUAGAAAUCCAGUGGAGAAGAAAUCUACAGAUAAUGAGAUUUUUCCAAAGGCAUUCAUUCAUUUAUUCAUCUCCAUUGGGACUCAAAGAGUUUCUUUCCAAACAUAGACACUUGAGAUUUUGUUUUGAUUUCCUUUGAGUACAAUUUUCUUUCUUGUCUUUAUCAUAAAUGUGUUUUUGUCAUUUUGUUGUUAUAUCCUGUGUUGAGAAGAUCAGUGACUCCUGAGCCUACUGUAUAUUCUAGGCGUAAAGAACCAACUGGAGGAAUUGUAUUUGUCAGAACUGUGGUUGUGUAUUGUUUAGCACUGCUGUCUUUGUUUAUUCUAUUUUAUGUUUUUAUUCAAUGCAAAAAGUCAUUUUCUUAAUUAGUAUUUGUCUUGCUUUCCAGUAAGUAUAUCCAAGCAUCCUUAAAACAACAUCAAUUUACUUAAGAAGCAAAAUGGCAUAAAAUAUUCUUGACUUGUGUUCAGGAAAAUCAAACAAAAAUUAGUAAGGCUCACGCUUAAAAGAAGAAAAAACCAUUUGCAAAUGGGAUACAAAAAAAUCAACUUGUUUUCCCUUUGAAUUCACUAUUUAUUUCUCUUAAAUUGUGAUAUCAUUUAAUAUUUACAGUGGCAAGAAAAAGUGUGUGAACCCUUUGGAAUUAGAUGGUUUUCUACAUGAAUUGGUCAUAAAAUGUGCUUUCAUCUUUAGCAAAGUCACAAAUAUAGACAAACAAACAACACAUCAGUCCACAAAACAUUUUCCCAGUGGCGUUGUGGAGUGUCAAAGUGGUCUUUGGCAAACUUCUGGCGUGCUGGAAUGUUUUGUUGGAAAGCAGCGGCUUCCUUCGUGGUGUCCUGUCACGGACCCCAUGCCUGUUUUAUGUUUUCCGUAUAGUAGCCUCAUGAACAGAGAUGUUAACCAGUUCCAAUGAUUCCUUCAAGUCUUUAACUGUCAAUCUAGGGUUCUUUUUUACAUCAUUGAGCAUUCUGCGAUGUACCCUUUGAGUCACCUUUACUAGACGGCCACUUCUAGGGAGAGUAGCCACAGUACUAAAUUGUCUACAUUUAUAGACAGUUUGUCUAACUGAUGAACAUCUAAGCUCUUCGAGAUCAAUUUGUAACCCUUUCCAGCUUUAUGCAAAGCAACAGUUCUUGACCGUAGGUCUUUUGAGAUCUCUUUUUUUUUGUGUGCGUGUGGCAAGGUCCACGUCAGCAGAUGCUUCUUGUGAAUAGCAAGCUCAAAAUGUUUAAGUCCUUUUUAUAAGUCAAAGUAGGUCUAACCGUGCGUUCGCACCAGAGGCGGCGAGAAUCGACCGGAAGUCGUUCAUUUUCAAUGACAGCCAGCGUCUCUCGGCAGCGAGUCUUGGGCGGUGUGGGCGUCAGAUGAAAGUUCAAGUGCAGUCAACAUUAUGGUAAUGAGCUGUGACGCUGUUCGGCGGCAACCUAUUGGAAUAUAGAAGUGCUCCGCUCUAGCGAAGUCUAGAGAACACAACAGUGUAAACUUUGGUUCCCACCAAACAUUAGUUCCGAAGAUAAAAUGGAGGAGAAACUAAUUAUUGCCGUGGCAGGUUUCCCAGUAAUAUAUGAUCAGUCCCUGUUUGCUUACAGGGAUAUAAAACAACCAAGACCACAGUUAUUAUUACAAAUGUAUUUUAUUUUUAUAACAAACAACUAUAAUUUUAUUUACUUUCUGCCAUCGAUCAAUUUCUUAUUUUCACAUUUUAAAGAGUUCAUGAGGAUAUACGCUACUUGUGAUAGGUCGGCAAAAAGUAAAUGGUCGACAUGUCUGGAUGUUUAAAUUGCAGCCCCUUUAAAUAUAGUUCACAAAACAAAGCAUUCUGAACAAACGUUGCCGCCUAUUUCAACUACAUCAGAGCGUCCACGAGCCCUUGAGCGUCGAAGGCAGGGCAGCCAGAGCUAAUUUUGAUGCUCUCGCCUACUUCUGGUGUGAACGUACGGUAAUCCACACCUCCAAUCUCGUUUCAUAAAUUAUGAUGUAUUCAGUAAGAACAAUUUCUGGGAUUUUAAGACAAAUGUAUACAUAAAUGCAGGUAAUUCCAAAGGGUUCACAUACUUUUUCUUGACACUGUAUCUUGUUUUAAGGACAUUUAGAUAUUUUUAUUAGUAAAAAAAGACUUUUUUGAUUAAGAGAGGGACCUUUUGCCAUGUUUGUCCUAUUUUUGUUCCUUAUUUACCCCCACACUGGAGUUGUUAUGCCUUGUUUAUUCUGAAUCUGUGGAUAGUAUGAUAUUAAGUGUUUUGCUUUCUGAAUAUGAAUGUUAUUUUACAGGUUCUUUGGAUAUAGCCAGGUUGGAGAUUGCUCUGCCUGGAUCUAGCAGAACUACUGUUAUAGUUAGAUUAAAAACCCUUUCAGAGGUGAGAGGACUGGGUUAUAGAGCCAACAAUGGACUGACGUGCAAUCAAAUGCACUGUUUCUUUCCCCCAACUUAUAAAGGGCCACUUUAAAGUCAACAUGAAAUCAAAAUUGACCAUGUUUUCUUGGCCUUAUUUUGCACAAUUUAUCAUUCUAUAGAAAAAGUUUGUCUGAAUAUGUAUAGAAAUGUAAUAACUUGCUCGGUCUCUAAAAAUAACUUUUUUUUUGGCUGAUGUCAUUUAGGUUAUGUGGACCAGUGAUUAAUGUUAACCAAUCGCCAUAUAGAUAUUUAGGCAUAGUUUUAAGCUUUUGUUGUAGGUAAUAAUUAUUUUGUAAUCUUGUCUCUAGUUAAUGCAGUAAUUUAAUGCCAGUUAAUGUGAUAAAUAUUACCACAAUAUAAUCAAAAGAUAAAAAAGCAUAACCAUUGGAUGAUUUUUUUUCUAUUUUUUAUUAUUAUUAUUCUUGUUCAGUAUUCUGUUUCAAAAUAUAUCACAUUUUGAAAGUAAAAUGGGUUGCGAAUGCAUUUCAUGUUGACUUUAUUAUUUGGCAAAAAUGGCAAUAUUUCACCCCAACAGCCAGACAAACCGAAUUCCAACUAAAUUGCAAAGGAAAACUCUACAACUCCUCGAUGAUGGCAUACAGUUCUACGAUUGCAUUGUUGUUGAAUCUAGAUGAAUUAAGUCUGGCUGAGGAUGAAAUACUGGCCCAAUUUGAUAUUGAAAGAGAUCCAAAGAGAUCCAUUUGGUCCUGAUCUCUGUAGAAGGCACAUUAUUACAGGGGAACAUGUAUGCCAUGUUCAAAUUAUUCAAAGCACAUUUUGACUUUCUCUGUUUUUACCCAUUUUAAUGUUUUAUAAAACUGCUUAAUGUCAUAAUAUCUUUAGCAAUAAUUUUUAAAAGUUAUACGAGACUUGCACCAAGAAAACACUCUUAAAUCUUAAAAUAAUUUGGUGGACUACAAUGUAACCAAGACCUGGUAUUUCCUUCUUUUUCCAUCAGCUUCUACUAGAUUUGACAGCAUUCCUUUUCCAUAGUUUGUGUUUACUGUAUUUCAGAAAUUGUCUUAAAAUGUACAGAAGUUUUAUUGUUCGGCUGCUGAAAGGUUUCGGCUAUGCAGGAUGUUGGAAAAUCCUCCAAUAGCACUGGGAUUUAGAUUGAAUGUUGGUGGAUGGAAAACCAUUAAACUUAACUUCCCAGAAGCC